UGCGCAAACUGCGUGCGGGGCGGGGGUGGUCGUCGCCGGCGCGCUGGGCGUCCCUGUGCCCCCCAGAGCCUGUCUGACCGCAGAAAUCGGGCCUGGAGCAGCCCCGUGGGGCUGGAGAGCAGAGCGAGACGAUGACUUAUAGAGAUGGCUCGCAGGGUCAUAAACAAAAAAAGGCACCUGGGACUUCAGCAACUUUCAGCCUUUGCAGACACAGGAAGAACUUUCCUGGGCCCAGUGAAACCAUCCAAGUUUAUUAUAGACGAAGAGAGUCAUGAGAGUGUGGUAGUCGGUUCAACAGUGAGGCUUCUUGAAAGUUUGGAUUUGUCCAGUGCAGUGGGGCAGCUUCUCAGUGAGGCAGUUCAAGCGCAACAUAACACAUACAGGACUGGGGCCAGCACUCUUCUGCUUCUCGUCGGUGCUUGGAGCAGUGCUGUUGAGGAAUGUCUUCAUCUGGGCGUCCCCAUGUCUUUAAUUGUGUCAGGAAUGUCAGAAGGCUUGGACUCUUGCAUUGAAGAGGUCACUUCCCUGCAAGUACCUGUCCACGAUGUCUUUGACCAUAUAGACAGCACAAAGAUAUUUUCUGAACUUGAAUCGUUGAAUGUCAGUUUGUGUCCCUUUCUACAAAUUCCUUCAGAUACUGGUUUGAUACUGAAAGAGCGUGAUCUCAAAGAUGUUGCCUCUCAGUCAUUGACCACUUGCAGUCUUUCUGGGAGACCUGUUAAAUCAGCUAAACUUUUUAGACCUCAGGCUACGGUUGGUGCAGAUAAAAACACGUCACAAACCCCUCAAACUCUGAGAAACAGUCUGCUUGCAGACAGCCGCUGCAGGCAGUCAGUGCUGACCCACAGUAGGCAUUGUAAUCGGGAGGCUAGUGAUCAGUGGACAAGCAAACAUGGUGCAGCUGCUCCCCAGACUGACAGAUGUGGUCUGGGAGAGUUGGCGGUGGGUCUGAGCCACGGAGAUCACAGCAGCAUGAGAUUGGUGGAAGGAGCUGUACGGCUGCAGCACCAGAACACAAGCGUGUGCCAGAGCAGCUGGAAGAUGCCAUUUAUGUUCGACAUUUCAAGAGUCUUCACUUGCUGUUUACCAGGUUUACCUGAAGCUUUUUCUUGUGUGUGUCCAGGAUAUGUCACUGUUGUAUCAAUGUUUAGUGCGACUGUGCUCGAGGACUUACAGAAUCAGCCCCUCGGGGUCGUUCUCAUCGAGGGUGACCUCACAGAGAAUUUCCGCCACCUGGGAUUUAACAAGUCUGCAAAUGUUCAAACAGUGUUAGAAAGCAUGAAGAAGCUUCAGCAAGACAGCUCAGAAGAACUGUGGACAAAUCACGUAUUACAGGUAUUAGUCAAGUUCAAUGUGAACCUUGUCCUGGUACAAGGGACCGUAUCCGAACACUUAAUUGAAAAAUGCGUGCACACUAAGCGGUUGGUGAUUGGGUCGGUGAAUGGCAGUGUGAUGCAGGCUUUUGCGGAGGCCUCAGGAGCCGUGCAGGUGUCCUACAUCACACAAGUGAGUGAAAACUCUGUGGGCCGGGGGGUCUCUGUGACCUUCUGGAGAAGCAGUCCCUUGGAUGUUGGAGAUGGGAUCAGCAGAAUGGCGAUUUUGUUGAAAACAGAAGGGAUUAAUUUGGUUACAGUAGUGCUCACUGACCCAGUCACUGCACAGAUGCAAACCAAAGAAGAUAGGUUCUGGACUUGUGCCUAUCGUCUGCAUUAUGCUCUUAAAGAGCAAAAGGUCUUCCUUGGAGGUGGUGCAGUUGAGUUUUUGUGUCUUAGCCAUCUUCAGAUUCUCAUGGAGCAACCUCUGAAUAAAGGAGACCAAAUCUGUUCAGGGGGUCUUCAUAAUACUUCCUCUUGGCUGGCCUCAUCUCUGGCUCUGUACAGACCUACUGUGCUUAAGUGCUUGGCAGAUGGAUGGCACAAAUACCUUUCAACUGUCAUUUGUAACACUGCCAAUUACUCCUCAGAAUUUGAAGCCAGGACUUUCAUUCAGCAUCAUCUGCAAAAUGCCACAGACUCAGGCUCACCUUCAUCUUACAUCUUGAAUGAAUAUAGUAAACUAAAUAGUGGAGUUUUUAAUUCAGGCAUUUCAAAUGAACCGGAACAGAUUCCAAGAGUUUAUGACAUUGUUACACCAAAGAUUGAGGCGUGGCGCCGAGCUCUGGAUUUGGUACUGUUAGUACUUCAGACAGACAGUGAAAUUAUUACUGGAUCUGGGCACACCCAGAUAAAAUCACAGGAGUCAGAGGGCUUUUUAUUUGUGUAGUGUUAUUGGCUAAGUCUUUGGGAAAUAAUCUUUUUUAAAAAAUCUUUAUUGCUGAAAUUAUUAUAGAUGUCCCUCUUUCUACCCUCCCCCAGCCCCCCCAUAGCUCGCCUCCACCCGGUUACUGCCCCGCCCUAGACCCUCGCCACCCUAUUGUCUGUGUCCAUAGGUAAUGCAUACAUGCAUAUAAGAUCUUUGUCUACU